AUGACUACACCGCAGGCGCAAACGUGCGAGCCGACCAAUCUCACCCACUAUAUCUUCACCAAGGCCAUUCAUUCACUACACCUAGACCGCCUCGCCCCACGUCGAUUUCCUCUCCCUCACCCAAUCACCGUCAUAAUUACACCGCCAACACCAACUCCCUCUCCCACAACCUCACUCUCCAACAUGUCUUGGUCCACCAUCGAGCUCUCCAAUUACUCUCCAAAGCUCACUCACCGAGACGUUAUUUCACUCUUCCAGGACUUCACGAUUUCGCCUGACUUCGCGCUCCCCAACGUCAAGAACCUCGCUUACCCGCUACGCACAUUCAUCAAGGUCGCCGGAGACGGGGAGGCUGAGCGCGCAGUACAAGAGCUGUGCUGGAGCAAGGUUGGCGGCCGCCAGAUCGACGUCAGAAUGGUUGAGAAGACGGGUCACGAGGAGAAGGAAGUCGCCGUUGCGGAAGUGGCUGAUGAGAUGAAGAUUGUUAUUCUCAAUACUGCACGCGUUUACAACCCGCAUCUCGCCCUCAAGGUCCUCGAGAUCCGCGAAUGCAUUCAGGGUACAUCCAACUUCACUUUCCUGCAAGCCCGCGAUGUUGUCACGGUGUACAGCGAACCUGGUGCGCAUAUGCAGCCGGUCGACAACAAGGCGAAGUGGGAGCUUGUCAUGGCUGGUCGCUCGGAGGGUUGGAAUUGGAAGAUGGAGGAUGGAAGUGGUCGGCUUGCUGCGUUGAAGGAUCUGCAGGAUAUGAUGGAGAGGCAGGGUGUUAUGAGGAAGCUGUGGGGUCAGUGGGAGGGUAGCAGUGUACUUGAUGUGACUCCUCGAGUAUGA